ACGUGCACUCGUUCCGUUGUGGCUGUCCCGUCCGUUUAUUUUCGUAUUGUCGCAUAUAUUUUUUGUGUGAAUAUUUAUAGUUUAUAGUUGGCGUUGUGCGUGUGACUUUUGUGUUUUUAUUCUCUGUACGACUCUAAAAACUCUAAACAUGGCAUCCAGAGAUCGCUUGCCCGUGUUCCCCUCCCGCGGGGCCCAAACGCUGAUGAAAUCGCGUCUGGCUGGCGCCACCAAGGGACAUGGACUGCUCAAGAAGAAAGCCGAUGCCCUGCAGAUGCGCUUUCGCCUCAUUCUGGGCAAAAUUAUUGAGACCAAGACUCUGAUGGGCCAACUGAUGAAGGAGGCCGCAUUUUCUUUGGCAGAGGCCAAAUUCACAACAGGCGACAUCAACCAAAUUGUGCUUCAGAACGUGACCAAGGCCCAGAUCAAGAUACGCACCAAGAAGGACAAUGUGGCGGGUGUCACGCUGCCGGUGUUCGAGCCCUACACCGAUGGAGUAGACACCUACGAGCUGGCCGGCCUGGCCCGAGGCGGCCAGCAGCUGGCGAAGCUCAAGAAGAACUAUCAGAGCGCCGUGCGCCUCCUGGUCGAGCUGGCCUCGCUACAGACAUCAUUUGUAACCCUGGAUGAUGUCAUUAAAGUUACCAAUCGUCGAGUCAACGCGAUCGAACAUGUGAUCAUACCGCGCAUUAAUCGCACCAUUGAGUACAUCAUCAGCGAACUGGAUGAGCUGGAGCGUGAGGAAUUUUAUCGCUUGAAGAAGAUCCAGGACAAGAAGCGAGAGGCACGCAAGUCUGCCGACAAGCGACGUGAAGAGCUGCGUCGCCUGGGCGACGCCGCCGCCACUGAGGAGGUCCAGAACAUACUCGAUGAAGAUGGCGAUGAGGAUUUGUUGUUCUAGAUUCACACACCUCCUCACUUUCUGCUACCUCACCUGAUCCCCCACUAAUUCUUGUUCCUGUUCCAAAUUGUUCAUUGGGAUAUCCACAUAAAUGUCUCCCGUUUAUCGUUCUUGUUGGAAAUAUACUCGUAUAUUGAUAUUGUAUGUA